AUGUUUGGCCAGUCCCCCAAAUCUAUCACAGCAGAUCAAGACCCGGCAAUCCAACAAGCAGUUGCCGAAGUCUUUCCCUCUACACAUCAUCGCUUCUCCUUGUGGCAGCUUGAGACAAAGGAGCAAGAAAAUUUAAGGUCGAUGUCUGACGAGUUUAGAUACGAAUAUGAAGAGUGUGUUUCCCAGAGCCAAACACCAGCCGAGUUCACAACCAUGUGGAGUGCUCUCGUCAACCGCCAUGGUCUGGGAGAUAAUGUCUGGCUUCAGGAAAUGUAUGAAAAGCGGGAAUCUUGGGUUCCUUUGUACUUGCACGGAUCAUCGUUCUUCGCUGGCAUCAGGCUGACAUCCUCGUUCUCUCUUUCAAACUCAAUUACGGAAAGUGAAGUUGAUGAGUUCAUUUCAAGAUACGAGCAAGUUGUGGAGCAGCAGAGGAAAGAGGACUUCAGGUGCUGCAAUCUGCAAGCUGUUCUUACGACGAAAGAACCGGUGGAAGACCAGUGCAGACAGCUGUACACUCUGGCAGUGUUCAAGAUAUUUCAGGAGGAGAUGUUGCAGUGCUACAAUUACUUUGCUAUUAAGACAUUUGAGGAAAGGACAGUGAGCAGAUUCUCACUGCAGAGAUGUGGGGACAAGAAUGAGAAAUACACAGUUCGACUCGAUAGGUUGAACCUCGACAUCUACUGCAGCUGCAAGAUGUUUGAGUUCGAGGGGGUGCUUUGUCGCCAUGCCUUGAGGGUUUUCAACCUGAUGGGGAUAAGGGAACUUCCCUCUCGGUAUAUAUUGCAUCGGUGGACAAAGAAUGCAGGGUAUGACACUCCUCGUGAUGUGAAUUCCUUGUCAAGUAAGGGAGAGCUCAAGGAGUUGAUGACUUGUUGUCCCAAAGAAGCAGCGAGUAGUUACAUGGAAGCUGGCACGGGGUGUCUUGAUAAGUACAGAGUUGUUUAUUAG